AUUAACGUGUACGCGCGAAAGCGUCCACUUUUCGAUCCCGAGAAGAAGCGCGGCGAGUACGACGUCGUGAGCGUGAAGAGUGGAUCAACCGCUGUCGUGCACAACUGCCAGAUGCACGCCGAUUUGAAGAGGAUGUUUGUCAAGCACUGCGCGUACACGCUUUCGGGCGGCGUCUUUGACGAAGACGCGCAAGAGCACGAUGUGUACGAUCGCAGCGCGGCGCCUCUCGUGGCGGGUACGCUUAAAGGUGGCGUCGGCGCUUUAUUCAUGUACGGCCAAACGGGAAGCGGGAAGACGCACACGAUGGAGAACAUUGAGAAACACGCCAUCGAGGCGCUAUUCGUCGGCGACGGCGCCGCGGCGGGGGCGAAAUCCAUCAAGGUGUCGUAUUUCGAAAUCGCCGGUAAGGCGUGCGUGGACUUGCUGCAACCUGGUCGAGUGGAGAUUCGACUGAAAGAAUUGUUCGAAGAGCAGGGCGACGCGCUCACGGGGCAGAUGGAAGUCGAACUCAUGGGCGCGAAGGAACCCGUCGUGACGAGCGCGAGCGACUUGAAAAAGGUCAUCGACGAGGGCAAAUCUCGUCGACAAACGAGUGCGACGCAGUGUAACGCGUCGUCGUCUCGAUCGCACGCAGUCAUGCGUCUCACCGUUACUUUGUCCGAUGGAUCGAUGGGUCGUCUGACGUUGGUGGAUUGUGCAGGAAGCGAACGCAAAGAGGACAAUACGCAUCACAACGAGAAGCAGCGAAAGGAAACGGCGGAAAUUAAUGCGAGCUUGUACGCGCUGAAAGAGUGCGUGCGCUUCCGACGACUGAAAUUUUCGGGCGCUAGAAACUCAAACGUGCACGUGCCGUACCGGAACAGCCCGCUCACUCGCGUCCUGGCGGAGUGCUUCGUGCGCGAAGACGCUGGCGUCGCCGUCAUCGGCACCAUGUCACCGGCGUCUAUCGACACCGAGCACUCUCUCGCGACUUUGAAAACGAUCAACGCCAUCGGGGGCAACGAAGACAGC